AGGAUGGAGGGAUAGAGGAGAAUGUAAACUCUGUACUCUGGGCUGUUGGUAGAGAACCUGGUACAGAUACUGUAGAUUGUACUAAGGCUGGUAUAGAGCUGGAUGAUGCUGGAAAUAUAAUUACUGAUGAGUUCCAAGCUACAAACAUUCCUGCUGUUUAUGCCGUAGGAGAUGUCGCAGGGAAGGCUCUUCUUACCCCGGUCGCAAUUGCAGCUGGGAGACGGCUAGCAGACAGAUUAUUCGGAGGGCAGGCUGAGAGUAAACUUGAUUACGAGAAUAUUCCAAGUGUCGUCUUCUCUCAUCCUCCGGUUGGUAGUAUUGGAUUGUCUGAACAUGAAGCUGUUCUCCAGUAUGGAGCUGAGAAUGUGAAUGUUUAUCAAACAAAAUUCGGAGCUAUGUACUUCUCUCUUACAACCAGAAAACAGGCUAGUGGUAUGAAGGUAGUAUGUGCUGGUGCUGAUGAGAAGGUAGUUGGUCUGCAUAUUGUGGGUCGGGGAGCUGAUGAAAUGCUUCAAGGGUUUGGAGUUGCUAUCCGUAUGGGGGCAACAAAGAAAGAUUUUGACAACUGUGUUGCUAUUCAUCCAACAUCAAGCGAGGAACUGGUUCUUCUCAGAAACCCGAGGAAAGGAACUCUGGAAUAAUCUAGAACAAUGGAACUCUGGAAUAAUCUAGAACUAUGGAACUCUGGAAUAAUCUAGAACAAUGGAACUCUGGAAUAAUGUAGAACUAUGGAACUCUGGAAUAAUCUAGAACAAUGGAACUCUGGAAAAAUCUAGAACUAUGGAACUCUGGAAUAAUCUAGAACUAUGGAACUCUGGAAUAAUUU